AUGCUUUACGAAGGCGAGGACAAGUACCACUACGCCCUGAGCUCCAACCAGGCCUGGGCCGGCUACAAAGCCCACCAAAACCCCGCCUUCUUCAAGAACCAAGCCGUCGGCGAGACCCCCUCCAUCCUCUGGAUCGGCUGCUCCGACUCCCGCAUCCCCGAAACCACCAUCCUAGGCCUGCAACCAGGCGACGUCUUCGUCCACCGCAACUUCGCCAACAUCAUCUCCCCCACCGACAUCAACACCUCCGCCUCCCUCGAAUUCGCUGUCGCCCACCUCAAGGUCAAACACAUCAUCCUCUGCGGCCACUCCUCCUGCCCCGCCUCCUCCGCCGCCCUCUCCUCCGCCUCCCGCGUCGGCGGCGUCCUCGACACCUGGCUCACUCCGCUAAAGGCCAUCGCCUCCUCCCACACGGAGGAGCUGGCGGCCAUUCGGGAUGAUCAUUCGAGGACCGUGAGGGUCGCCGAGUUGAAUGUUGAGGCGGGCGUGGCCACGUUGAUGGCUAGUUGGGUUGUGAGGGAUGCCAUUCGGGAGAGGGGCUUGCAGGUUCAUGGGUGUAUUUUUGAUGUGGCGACGGGGAGGCUGAGGGAUUUGGGGUUGGGGACUGAUGGGAUUCAUAGGGGGUCUGUUAAUGGUGAGGAGGUUGUUAGGGGGAAGCAUGCUAUGCUUGUGUUUAGGGAUGGCGGUGCCAACAUGACCGUUCGGUGA